AUGGCAGGCACACAGCUCCAGUACUUCGGCAGCAGGAAGAAGAAGCGGACCACCCUCACGCAGUCGCAGCUACAAUACUUCGGCAGAAAGAAGAAGGGCACCACCCGUACCCAACCCCAAUUUCACCUAUUCCCGCAGCUGCCGCCAGAGCUGCGCUGCAUUAUAUGGCGCUUCUACUGGGCCGCCAAAGAGCUCCCGCGCAUCCACCACUUCCGCCGCUGGCCCGACGGGCGCGACCCAGCAGAGAACCGGUACUACGCGCGGUACCCCGACCGGCGCGUCCGGGGCGUCCGGCACGAUGCCCGGCUGCGGAUGUCGCCGUUCAAGGAGCUCAACGACGCCGUCUUCAGCGGGUUCCAGCGCCUGCCGCUGCCCGCGGUCAACAUUACGGAUGAUGUGGACUUCGCGUGGUGGGAUGCCGUCCGUGAGCCUCUGAGCCUGGAGACGAUCCGCGUCACUAAUGACGGGACGACGGACUGGUUAUCUGCUCUGUCAUUGUACCGCCGGCCGGCAGAUGACUUCGGUUCUUCAGGACAGGAUCAGGCCCAGAAUCCUCCGCAGGAUGGAUCCCUCACCGCAGCCGUACCUCUGCCAAUCCAGCACACGCGCUACCUCUUCCUGUCCGUAGCCACGGACUUCGCGUGCAUCUCGGCCGCCGACCUCGCGGCCCUCCGGCAGGCGAUGUCCCUGCAUACCGUCUUCCUUGUGCACGGCCUGCACAGCCCGUACGCCCCCUGCGGGCGCAGCCUGCCGCAUCUGCCGAGCUUCUGCAAGAAGAACGGGCUGCGCAUCUUGUUCGGCCGGUACCUCACGAGUGCGGGACUGGAGAAGCAGGACGGGUGGAGGCUCGUCGGCGUGCAUCAAAAGCAGGCGGCGGCGCGCCGGGUUAUGGAUCAGCUGAGGGUCGUGCUUGGGGAUGAGCGCGCUGGUGCUAUUCGCUUUGAGAUUGUCGGGGAUUUGACUUCGUGGUUGCCUGGGGGUAGGGGCAUCUAG